AUGGACCCCAUCUCGAUCUGGAAGAAAAUAGGCUGCACGGCGUCCCUACCGUUGACCCGGGUGACGCGGCCUCAAAGAAGAACAUGUGACCGUGAUUCCCCCCCCCGGUUGAAACGAUCUGACGGUGGAGAUAAUUGGCGAGAGGACGGGGAGGUCGAGAUUCUUGGAAGUCCCAGCAGUGACAUAGCCGUCGUCAGGGAGCCAUUCUCGGCGUCGGAAACAGUGGUGCCACAAUCAAUUUGUGUACUUUUAGGGGAUUCACUCUUUAACUCCAUUGACCCACCACCCAAAGGGAGAGGAGCAUGCGUCAGAGGAGGAAGAACGACCGACGAUGGAUUUUGUGAAGGAGAGACAAAAGGGAGUCGGUAG